GAGAAGCAAGGAGACAAGCUUUAAACUGAAGGUGCUACUCACUCGUACUGCCAGUCUAUUAGGGCACGAGCAUGCCCGAUCAUGAGCUAGAGAAUGAAGAAAUCUCGCUGCAGGACACAAGGCCCAGAGCUACCUCGUUCCGCUCUGUGACUAGCUUCUCGUCCUUUCUAGAUGACGGACGGCCGCAUGAUGUACCUCCAACGCCGACGCUACCUCCAUACCUCAAUACAGAUAUCAAUGAGGUCCGUCGGUAUGGCGAUUUCACAACGAUUGACUGGGUACAAGAUGCUUCGCGGGAGCAUCGAAGAAAGCUAGAGAAGCAAAAGCUGCAACGAGGCUCUUCUAGUCGCUUAGGCACUGUCAAAGGCUGGCUCUGGCACGCUUAUGAUGCCGGUCAAGCUUGGAUGGUCGUUUCUCUCAUCGGUGCCUGCAUAGGCCUGAAUGCUGCCUGUCUCAAUAUACUCACAGAGUUUCUCGGCGAUAUCAAGAGUGGCUACUGCUCACGCGGCUGGUACCUCAAUAAAGAGUUUUGCUGUUGGGGUGUCGCAGGUGAUGCAGAAUCAGAACUCUGCUCAGAUUGGACGCCUUGGAGUAACUACUUCAUGUUCAAUUACGCAUUUUACAUCUUCUUUGCGAUUGUGUUCUCGAGUGCAAGCGCAUACCUCGUCCGUCAUUUUGCACCGUACGCUGCUGGCUCUGGAAUAUCAGAAAUCAAGUGCAUCAUUGGUGGGUUCGUGAUGCGUGGCUUCCUUGGAGGGUGGACUCUGCUCAUCAAAUCUAUCGGUCUCCCACUAGCCAUCGCGUCUGGUUUGUCUGUUGGCAAGGAGGGUCCCAGCGUCCAUGUCGCCGUCUGUACGGGAAACGUAAUAAGCCGGCUCUUUGAAAAGUACAAACGCAAUGCUGCCAAGAUGCGAGAAAUCUAUUCAGCUUGCUCAGCGGCUGGUGUCGCGGUGGCCUUUGGUUCGCCAAUUGGCGGUGUCUUGUUUGCCCUAGAAGAAAUGACUACCAACAGCUUUCCCUUGAAGGGCAUGUGGCGUAGUUUCGUGUGUGCAUUGAUUGCCACAGCUGUACUCUCGGCUAUGGACCCCUUCCGAACUGGUCAGCUCGUCAUGUUCCAAGUCACAUACGACCGAGACUGGCACUUCUUCGAGAUAUUCUUCUUCGUUAUCCUCGGCAUCUUUGGUGGACUCUAUGGCGAAUUCGUCAUGAAGUGGAAUCUCAGGGCAGCGACCUUUCGAAAGAAGUAUCUCGCUAACCAUGGUUUGGCUGAAGCGGUGACACUAGCCACGAUGACGGCAAUCAUCGCAUAUUGGAACCCCUUUCUUCGUCUCGACAUGACCAAGUCUAUGGAACUCUUAUUUCAAGAAUGCGAGGAAGAAAGCUACGACGACAUGUGUGAUCCAAACUCACGCAGCUCAGUCUUGUUCAGUCUCAUUAGCGCCACAAUCCUGCGAACCUUGUUUGUCAUUAUCUCUUAUGGCUGCAAGGUUCCCGCCGGGAUCUUUGUGCCAUCGAUGGCCAUUGGAGCGACAUUUGGUCGAUUCGUUGGCAUCCUUGUCGCUGGUCUACAAUCCGCGUUCCCUGAAUCAGCCUUCUUUAGCGCCUGCAAGCCUGAUGUGCCGUGCAUUACGCCAGGAACUUAUGCAUUCCUGGGUGCAGCAGCUACACUCAGUGGCAUUAUGCGCAUCACCGUCUCGGUUGUGGUCAUCAUGUUUGAGCUCACAGGAGCACUGACAUUCAUUCUACCAACCAUGAUUGUUGUGGGCGUUACAAAAGUCUUUUCCGACAAUAUCGGCAAGGUUGGUGGUAUUGCUGAUCGCAUGAUUCACUUCAAUGGCUAUCCGUUCCUUGACUCUAAAGAAGAUCCAGCCUUUGGCGUACAAGUCGGGAAAAUGAUGGUUCGGGAUGUGAUUAGUAUUCCUGUUCGAGGAAUGCGUCUGGGAGAGGUCGAAGCAAUGCUCACAAAACACGCUGUGCGUGGGUUUCCUGUCGUCGAGUCUCGGGAGACACGCAUUCUCGUGGGAUAUAUCGGCCGUCGUGAGCUCAAUUGGGCCGUUCAGCAAGCAAAACAGCAGCUCAGUUUUGGACCAAGCACAAAAUGCUAUUUCACGACACCAGAUGCACAGGUAUCAUCGAUUGUUUCUGAGGAGACUUCUGAAGAUGCCAACUUUUCAGCGCAAUCUGCAAUGUCAGCACCACCCAUGAUUCCACUCUCCCCAUCCAUCGCUGGCAUUGAAGAAGCAGAAGGCUUCGCUCGUCCACCAGCCAAACAUGGCGACCUGCUCACUGCGACCCCGCAACGGCAAAACCCAGCGUUGCAUGUUUCGCCCCAUUCCAUUGACUUUUCGCGAUAUAUCGAUCCUUCGCCCUUGUCAAUUCAUCCCAAAUUACCCCUUGAAACAGCCAUGGAUAUCUUCAAGGCACUAGGACCUCGUGUCAUUUUGGUUCAAGAACGCGGUCGACUCGAGGGAUUGAUUUCGGUCAAGGAUAUCUUGAAAUAUGAGCAUGCCAUUCAUAAUGGUGCUGGUGUGGCUGAGCAUGAUUCAGAGGAUGAAGGGGAAGGCUAUGUGACGCGUGGUACGGGUCGAACGGAAGAUACUUAUCCUACGACUUUGAUUGAAGAUCGUGUCUAUGAAGCACUCGCUGGUGUUGGCGCGUCGUUCAGGACGCGUGUGCAAGAGUAUGGUGGUAUCGUGCGUGAAUCACUGACGCGUCGAUAGACAAAGCGAUUUUGAUAAGUUUGAUACUUUGAUGGAAUGAUGAGUCAAUUGAAGAACCUAAAAGAUAAAGUUUCUAUCUGAGGUGCUAUGUCGGACCCAGUGAAGCCAGGAUCGAUGAAGACGUCGUUGAAUUUGGAGGCGACAUGAAUGUACGCUGUUGUAGACAGCAAAAGAGAAGCCAAAGGCUAGACGCUCUGUAGCACAAAAAGAAAAGUAAAGAUAGCUUGGUCAUGUCGUCAGAACGUAGAGGAAAUUUGAGA